GGCAGGAGGAGAUGAGGUCGGACAGUUGCAGAUUAAAAUUAAAGUGGAGAAAAUGGACGAGGACGAAACGUCAGAAACCAAACCUGAAUGUGAGGGAGGCGAGGAGGUAAAGAAGGAGGCGCAGGAGGAGAAGGAGGCGCAGGAGGAGAAGGAGGAGAAGGAGGAGCCGCCAGCUGCAGACGGAGGAGCAGCGAGGAGUCAAAGCAGAGCGGACUCAGAGAUGGGCCGGCUGGUGAUGACCGUCGACGGGCAGCAGAAGCAGCUGCCGUUCAGCUGCAGCGACCUGCUGACCGGAGCCACCAUGCUGGACGGAGACAAGGUUCGGUUCAACAUCGCCACACAUCGAGAGACCAAAGAGGAACGAGCGGCUUACGUGGAGAUUCUCCCCGACUCCUUCGAAGAGUCGACGGAACAGCGCAGACACGGCAUCGUCAUCGAGUUUGCGGAGAACUCGGGGCUCAUCAAGUGUUCCCAGAAUCCUCAGCUGUUCUUCAGCAUGUCAGAGGUCAUCGAGAAGAAGAGACUGGAGCUGAACGAGAAGGUCGAGUUCAGCGUCGUCCCGCAUGAAACAGCAGAGGGGGGGCACCAGGCCAUCCGGAUCAAACGCUUCACCGAGAGCGUUUUCCUCCCCGUCCGCAAACUGGGCGGUGUUGGCGCCAACAAAGGAAAGAUGACCAUCAAGCUGGUAAAGACUGAAGAUGCUGCGAAGGAAAAACCAGAGGCAGACAAGCUGAAGGCUGUGGUGAAGAAUCUCAGAGCACAAGACAGCAAGAGCUCAAUCAGCAGAAGGGAUUACAGCGCCGCUCGCCGUAGAUACGGCCGAAGCAGGAGCAGGAGUAGGAGUAAGGGCAGGAGUAAAAGCAGGAGCAGGAGUAAGAGUAGGAGCAGGAGUCCACCCAGAGACAAGUUUGGACGUAUCAUCAAAAGGAAACGCAGCAGCAGCAUCGACCGUGACCGUAAACCCAGCAGGUACAGGCGAAGCCGAAGCCGGGAAAGGUCACGCAGACGUACGAAGAGCCGCAGCAGGAGUCGCAGUCGCAGCAAGAGUCGCAGCAAGAGCCGCAGCAGGAGUCGCAGCAGGAGCAAGGACCGGGUCGUCAAGAAAAGGAUCAAAAUCAGCAGGGAGCGGGAAGACAGUCACAAGAGGAGGAGGGAGAUGAGUCCUCCUCCUCCUCCCAGGCGUAUGGGAGGAGUCAUGGAUGACGAGCUGGCGAGGAAGAAGCGGGAGCUUGAGGAGCUGAACGAGAUGAUAGCCUACAAGAAGUCGCUGGUGGAUCCCGGACAGAGGACCUGCAUAGACUACGAUCAUGGCAGGAUCGCUGUCCCGCUCACAGAGUACAAACCAGUUCGAUCUAUUCUCAAGAAACGACCGGAGGGACCCGAGUACCACCCUCGUCCUCCUCAGCCGUACGAUGACCCUUAUUAUGAGAGUCCGUACGGUCCUCCUUAUGAAGAUCGGCGGUAUGGUGAGGUUUAUGGUGAGCGCUACGGUGAUCCCUACACCAGCCGACCUUAUGCUGAACGUCCUUAUGCCGAGCGGCCCUACAGUGACCGCCCUUACGAAAGCCGCCCCUACGCUGAGCCUCCGUACGACGGCCCCCCGUCUGCCAGCCGUCGUUACACCGAUCGCUAUGAUGUUUAUGAUGAACCCUUUGAGGAUCGAUACUAUGACCCAGCGUAUGCGGACCGACCGUAUGAUGAUCGAUACCAUCCUGUCAAACGGAGCCAGUCUCCAGAACCCCAUGAUCCCCCAUCUUCCUCUCAGCCCAGUAAAGUUCCUGGCACCUCCACCCAACCUCCCAUGACUCAUUCUGCUAUUGCCUCGUCUUCCCAACCCCUUUUCAGACCUCCUUCCCCCACAGAACCACCUCCAAGAAGCCCCUCUCCCAAAAUGAAUAUAACAUCACGUCUGUCACCUCCAGUAGAGAAACCCCCCCUUGAUCGCUUUCUUGACAUGCUUAAUAAGAAGGUGGAUUCUGAAAAGAAACCAGAACCUGUUUAUGUUCAUGAUGACCUUUUGCCUCAUGAACGGGCACUUCAAGAUGGCAGGGGCUUCUCUCGGAUUGUAGGAUUGGCUCAAGAGCAACCCAGCAGUAGUGUAGAAAGGGAAAAGAAACAACCGAGCCCCAAGCAGUCCUCAGUAGAAAGAACAAGUGAGGAACCUAAGAGCAGCACAGAACCAUACGACAAGAUCCAGAGUCUGCUCCGUACAAUUGGACUGAAGCUGAGUACAGGAGAUGUGUCCAAACUGGCGAGCCGCGCCCAGGAGAAAAUCUACAGUCCGAAGUCCUCGUCCACAGAAAGAGACUUGUCAUCCCCACAGGAGGAACAUCGAACAAGUAGAAGCAGUUCCGUUAAAUCGGAUCACAUCCAUUCCCCCUCCCCAGUAAGGUCCUCGAGUGUGGAGCCUCUCAGCAGACAUAAAGCUGUCUCUGAGUAUGAAGGGUUCCUUGACCAGCAGGAGCUGGAGACGCUGCAAAGGGCACAACAGCUGCAGAGUCUGACCAAGACCAUGGAGAGCUCACACCCCCCCAAACCUCCUCCUGGGCCUCCACCUGCUCACUAUCAACAUCCAUCCCCACCAGUCAACUGGCCCCUUGGAUUAAACACUCAUAUUCCCCCAUUACAGAGCUCCACAGUCCCCAAUGUGGGCGCUCCUGCAGCAGGUCAGCCACCCCAGAGAUUUAGAUCUCUUCCCGGACCUCCUCCUGGACCUCCCCCUGGACCUCCUCCUGGACCUCCCCCUGGACCUCCUCCACGGCGCCCUGGACUGUCUCCUCCAGGACCUCCCCCUGGACCGCCACCCCGGCGAUCUCCUGGACACUCUUUCAUUCCAACUUCUAGUCAUGCAGGCUAUCCUUUUAUUGGUCAGCCUCCUGUAGCUCCACCUCCUGGUGCCUCCAGUCCUUCCCAGACUUUAACCACUGCCUCAGUGAUACCAUCAACACCGGCAACAUCAAAUAACUCAAGUGAUGACCAGUCAGCCAUCUCUACAACAGUGGCCAGAUGCCUGAAGGUCAUAGAGACGGUGAAAUCUCUGGCUGGGCAGCCAUCAGCCAAACCAGUCAAGUCGGUCCAGUUCAGUUUACCCACAGAGUCUCCAUCAGCCUCCAGUUCUCAGACCUCAGUAGAGACCGAUGAUGACAUCAGAAACAAGCAGAAGGAGAAGCUGGAUUUGUAUAACCAGCGGGUUAUGGAGAAGAGAGAGCAGCAGUUUCAGGAGAUGCUAGCCCGCAAGAAACAAGGAGAGAAGAACAAGGAUGGAACAUGGAUCUCCCCAGGCAAACCGAUCAGCAGUGAGCCCAAGAACGUUUGGAUUUGUGGUCAUUCGCUGGUUUACUGGGCGGAGUCCCGAGCCAAGUCUCCAGAGGUAGGUAUGCAGCUGGGCAUGGACCCGAGCAAGGUGGCCAUCUGGUGGAAGGGCACCCAGGGCAUGACAUGGCCCCAGCUGCUGCCCCAGCUGCACCAGCUGAAGGUCACCUGGCCAAACCCAGAUGUCCUCAUCAUGCACCUGGGCGGCAACGACCUGAGCACCGACAGCCCGACCGACCUGCUGGCCUCCGUCAAAAAGGACCUGACCUCCAUGAGGAGCAUCUUCCCCCAGUGCCUCCUCAUUUGGUCCAACAUCCUCCCCCGCAGGGUGUGGCGCCACUCUCCUGACAGCCACGAGGUGGAUCUGGUGCGAAGCACUGUGAACCGCAGGAUCCAGAGUAUCAUCUCAGAGCUGGGCGGCACCUCGCUGACCCACGACAACAUCAGGUGCGGCGCGAACACAGGCCUGUACCGGCCGGAUGGAGUCCACCUGUCCCCUAAAGGCAUUGACGUUUUUAAUCUGAACCUGCAGGAUUUCCUGGAGAAGUGGGAGAUGGAGGCCAACAAGGCCUCCGAGAUCAGUUAAAAGGUGGAUCUUUCUUUGUUGUUCUUAUGUUUGUUCCUUUUAUUUACAGCGAUAGCGAGGCAGUUCAUUCAUUAAAACUAAAGUAACUGCAAGACUUCUUUUCACGUUGAUAAAAUAUUCAUUCAUUGGUUUGUAGUUUUAGUUGAACAUGUAGAAACUUCAGGCUUAGCUGAUAAACAGUUAUAAACGUUUCUGUCUGACCUGAAACAAUAAACUCAAUAUUAACUGAUCAGCUGUUGUCUCAGUUUUCUUGAUUUUGUUAAUAACUGUCAGAAUCUGCUUUUG